GGGCAUUCGUGCGUAUCCAUACGCGCGUGCUUCUUUAUAUAGUGAUUGUGUGUGCAGUUGACAACGCUGCACUGGAAAGGAGUAAACAACAAAAUAUUUUGAAUCCACAUAAGCGCGUAGAAAUCAUUGUCUGACACGGGUAUUCGGCGGCUUCAUGGAUCGUAGGGCACAAGCUAGCGAAUGCGACCCUAACUCGGGUUACAUCCCAGCUACACCUCAGAACACGAGAGCCAUCACCUUCAACUGGGCUCGUGCCUGCUCUGCGUAUACUUUGUGUGGCCCUGUUGCGACGCAUCACGGAGGGGGCAAGUUCCCCUACCGCCCUGUGAUUGGUGACGUGUGCAUGAGCCCUAACACCGGUCGAUAUUGGCUUCAAUUGCGUGUUAACACAUCCGACUGUCGGAUAGGUUUUUGUACGACGUCUGCCUAUCCAAGUAAUCGUUCCCUUGAGGAGUGCGAGUUAGGUGAUUUGCCCGUGUCCCGUUCGAGUAAAAAAUCAAGCGGCAGUGUUAGCUCUCAAAAAGAUGAGUCCACUUCCUCACAUCAAACUAAGAAGGACUCAUUGUCAGACGCAACCACUGUAGCCUACGUAGACAUGCAGACAUCAAAUGUCUAUGUGAAUGGUGAGAAGAAGAAGCAGCUGUGGCGUACGUUUAUAGCAGGAAGCGGAGCCCUCUUCUCGUUUGUUGUGGAUACUAAAACCGGUAUGAUUCAGCUUUUUGUUGAUAAAAAAUACAUUGGGAUGGCUUUCGAUGCCUCUGCGAAGCUUAAGGGUAAAAGGUUAGUGCCGUGUGUGGGCAUUGGUGGCUUUGACAUGUCGAAUACAAGUAUGGGCAUGGGUAAACUUAGUGCAUCUGUCAGCCCAGCCUGUCCCUUCGACGCACUUUACUGAGCAAGACAUCUAGGUAGCUAGAGAGGUAAAAUAUAAUUAUUAUUUCAAGCGCUUCUUUUCUACAUCGUUGAUGCUUAUUUUGAAUUACAAUGUACAUUUAAAUCAACUUGUAAAGUAUAUAAGAUUGCUUACAUAAUUACGAGCUAAGAAUAGCGAAAAUAAAAGCACUCAUGGCAAA